AAAUAGGUAAUCAAUCAACAAACAAAACAAAACUAAUAAAUCUAUAUACAUGUUUAUGUGCAAAGCAAAGCAUGGCUUUUAUAUACUAAUACAAAGUUAUUUGAGCUACAUAAUUUUAAUGUAGUAUCAGUAUACUAAAACUUGUUAAAAUGAAUCCUAUGACAAAUGUGAAGAAUGUUUUAAAGUUAAGUGAACGUGAACUCGCCGGCAAUUCAAAAAGUUCAUGGCACGACCAGUAUAAGGACAGUGCUUGGGUUUUUGUUGGAGGUCUUCCCUAUGACCUUACAGAGGGUGAUGUUAUAUGUGUCUUUUCACAGUACGGGGAGAUAGUAAACAUAAAUUUAGUUCGAGAUAAAGCAACUGGGAAAUCAAGAGGAUUUUCAUUUAUAUGCUAUGAAGAUCAACGUUCAACUGUUUUAGCAGUUGAUAAUUUAAAUGGAAUCAAGAUACUGGGACGGACAAUUAGGGUGGAUCACUGUGAACAAUAUCGGGCCCCAAAUGCAGACAUGAGCAAAAUAGAUGAUGUUACUGCUUCAAUACGUUUAGAAGGCUGUGCUCCAGUCACUCCACUUAUUAAAAAUGAACCUGUUAUAAAACAGGAGACUGACACAAAUGAUAAAAAGAGGAAAAAGGAGAAAAAAAGUAAAAAAGAGAAGAAAAGUAAAAAGAAGAAAAAAAAGAAAAGCAGAAGUUCAGACUCAGAUUCUUCGGAUUGAUAAUGGAUUGCUGUACAUACAAUAUAAUAACAGACUUAAGUUAAA